GUGCGGCGUUCCUCGCUGCAGGCGCGUCUGCCUCAAUCUUCCCGCCGUUCCUGGCACACGGCGGUGUUUCAAACCCGGCGGCGUCUGCCGCUCAAGCGGCCAAGCCGAUGGUGUGGAAAGGAAAAACAGUCUUGAAGUACGUGGCGAAAUUCCGUCCCUCUACACUCAAUGGGAAGGUGAUCGGCGAUAAAGGAGCCUCGGGGAAAUAUGUCACAAAGAUAGUGAG